GCGACGUCGUGAGACUCGGGGGCGCGCGACGGCGGCGAGUCGCCGAAUGGGCGAUUUACUGCGCUACCGAAGGUUGCCGUGUUGGAACCCCACGGCGAUCGCAUGUACCGCGUCGGUGGGGAGAGACCCGCGCCUGAUUGGCCAGGUCCAGAAGAGUCGCGACGGGGUGCGAUAUCUGGACGACGACGCGUCAGCGACUCAUCGCUGGCUUGGGGUGACGUGGCUGGCUGCGGGGGCUCUCCAGCGCUAGUGACAGGUAAGGAAGGCGAGGCAGCGAGGAAAGUUAAAGGCCAGGAGUAAUGAAGUGCUAGGGCUUCGGCCCCAGAGGAAUGCCCCCCUCUGACAAUUGGCAGAGCCGAGCAGCAGCAGGAAGCCCCAGAAGCAACGGCUGGGCCCCUCGGGAGGAUGGAAAAGAAGAAGGAAUAAUGCGCAGAUCGAUCGGUCGCGCUGGGAACGGGGUCCCGAGCAAUAGCGCGAAGAGAUCGACGUCCCGUUAGGAGUAUGGGACCUAUCGUUCGUUGGCCUCUCGGACCCUAGUCCUUUCUGUUCGGUUGGAAACAGCGGAAGGGGUUGGGGUCGGGGGCCGCGGCGGAGGUGGAAGGAGAAGCAGCGGAAGAAGCAAGCCCCGGGAGGGGGAAGGAGCCGCCGGUUUUGGAUCUUUUCGCUUUUCGUGGUCUUCGGCAGUGUUGUGGUGGUGCGAGCUGGACGGACGGACAGACUCAGAGACAGACAGAGCGACAGCAGGAGGAGGAGGAGGAGGAGGGAGGGAGGGGAGGGAAGAGAACGGGGAGGGGAGGGAGGGUCCGAUCAUCAUCUUUCCCUGUACACCUCACUCGCGCUCGCUGGCCAGCAUAAGCGGCAGCGGAUCUAGCUCGCCGCGCACAGUUGUUGUUCGCUUUAUUGUGCUGCACAAUCAGCAAUGGUGUGUUUCGGACCUUUUGCAGCGACAUGUUUGGCUGUUUCGGGAGGAUGAAAAUGGUGCAGAGAUUAGCCUCGUUUUAGACAGAGGCGCGAGGGGUUACUAUUUCUUGUUUCUUUUUUCGGUGCGUAGGCGAGGGGAGGGGGACGGGGGACGGAUGGAUGUGGUGGGCGAGAGGGGGAAGGCGUCGCUUGUUUUAUAUGAUUUUCUAUUGGAGGGGGUGGCGAUGGAGAUGGCGAAAAGAAGGAAAUUAGAGUAGAGCGCGAGCGCGAGCGCGAGAUGGGAAGGGAGAUCGGGCAAAUCGGAGGAGCAUUUAUUGCGGGCGAGAGCAUCUAGUGACUUCCUGUCCUGCAGCCUGUGAGUACGCAGCUAGGCAAGGCAGCGGGAGGCAGGCGAGAGAAGGUCGCGAGGCCGUGGGAACGCAGAAAGGGCAUUGUUUUCAGGGGGCGUGAAAGCUGCCAGCGUAGUUAUUCUACGGAUAUUUUCCUGUCCAUUGUUCCGAGAGGCGAGAGGGCCACUGGCGACGACGUGUGGCUUUAAACCAUAGACUUGAGUCCGAUUUCUUUGAGUGGCAGAGUGUCUCGUUAUCCUGCGUUGUUUUGCCUUUGCGUUGCCCGAGUGGCCACUCCCUUCAUUCCUGCUCAUCACUCCCCACUUCCGGCCCUGCCCUGCCCUGCUCCUGCCCCCUCCCCCUCCCCACCCCCCCCUCCCUCCCUCCCUCCCUCAGCUUUCCUCUUUCCUGGGCCCUUGGUUGUGGUGCGGUGGACAGGCCCAGCCUCGCCUUCCCGCGUGGUGCCGUGGACUUGGAACUCUGUGUGCCGCUUUUCCAGGCUCGUGAUUCUUCCUCGGAGCUGCUUGUGUUUGCCACCGGUUGGCGAGAAUAUUUUCCUCAUCAGCAGACGGAAGUACGCGCACAGUUGCAGUUGUAUCAGGAGUCUCGGUGGUAGCACUUUUGGUUGAACGCGGGAAAUUACGAGAAAAUCUUAAAACCCACGCAUUUCUGCGACUGUCGAAACACUGUUUCUUCUGAACACUAAAGGCGGAUCGCUUGAGCACCAGGGGAGCAAGCAAAUAUCUCAGAAAGUCGCCAGGUGAAGAGCACUCGCCCACCCCGACUUCCCCCUCUUCAAGUAUUUAGGGCGGUCCGGGGAUUUGUCUAGGUUUGGCAUUCAAUUACUCAGAGGAGCCUUCUUGCUACCGUUUCAAGAACAUCUACCGUGGCUCCAUCCGCGGAGCGAUACGAAGCUUGACUGCAUUGCAUCUUGGAGGCGAGUGAGGCAUGUACCGUCGCUGAAGAUACACAUUUUGGUUACCAUCGGAGGCUUCUGGAUCACCAGAUAUCACAAGCAAACGUAAAGUCCGUAAGAUCGAGGGGAACAUCGAGGGGAACAUCGAGGCCUCGUGAGGGAGUGGGUGGUCGGAUCUCGGCGCACCAUCAAUAUUUCCAAUUGCUCGGUUUGAAGAGGUGGGGUUCGAGUCGAAACCGUCUGGAAAUGGUCACUCGUUGACAGACAAACUGACCGCAAGAUAUUCCCUCAUAAAGAUGCCGCAGAGCAACAUGAAUCAAGACAAUUUCCCCUCGACGCCGGGGAAGGUGAAGAUGGAGCGCAGCAAUUACUUCGGGCGGGUGGUGAACCGCUGGCACGGGUCGUCGUCGGCCAGGCUCUUCGGGUUCUCCGUGGGCCUGUUCAUGCUCACGGCGUUCGUGUUCCUGAUGCGCCUGAACACGUCGGGCGAGUGGAACUUCGGCGACGGCUUCGUCGGCCCCGUGCAGGCGAAGUGGGGCGACCUGGUGUGGCAGAGGCGGGUGCGCCAGUCGUGCCACGCGAAGCGCGACGACGGGCUGGUGGUGCUCGUGACGGGCGCGGCGGGGUUCGUGGGGUCGCACGUGUCGCUGGCGCUGAAGGCGCGCGGCGACGGGCUGGUGGGGCUGGACAACUUCAAUAACUACUACGACCCGUCGCUGAAGCGCGCGCGCCAGGCGCUGCUGGAGAAGCAGGGCGUGUUCGUGAUCGAGGGCGACAUCAACGACGCGGCGCUGCUCAAGAAGCUGUUCGAGCUGAUCACGUUCACGCACGUCAUGCACCUGGCGGCGCAGGCCGGCGUGCGCUACGCGCUCGAGAACCCGGGCUCCUACGUGCACAGCAACAUCGCGGGCCUGGUCACGCUCCUGGAGGCCUGCGUCAAGGCCGACCCGCAGCCGGCCGUGGUCUGGGCCUCGUCCAGCUCCGUCUACGGGCUCAACACGCACGUCCCGUUCUCGGAGUCGGACCGGACGGACCAGCCGGCCAGCCUGUACGCCGCGACGAAGAAGGCCGGCGAGGAGUUCGCGCACACCUACAACCACAUCCACGGGCUGUCGAUCACGGGCCUGCGCUUCUUCACGGUGUACGGGCCCUGGGGCCGGCCCGACAUGGCCUACUUCUCGUUCACGCGCGACAUUCUGCGCGGCAAGCCCAUCACGAUCUACCAGGGCGCGAACCGCGUGGACCUGGCGCGCGACUUCACCUACAUCGACGACAUCGUGAAGGGGUGCGUGGCGUCGCUGGACACGGCCGAGAAGAGCACGGGCAGCGGCGGCAAGAAGCGAGGCAAGGCGCAGUUCCGCAUCUUCAACCUCGGCAACACUGCGCCGGUCACGGUGCCGAACCUGGUGGCCAUCCUGGAGAAGCACCUGAAGCUGAAGGCGAAGAAAGAUUUGGUGAAAAUGCCGAGGAAUGGCGAUGUGCCGUUCACGCACGCCAACGUGACCCUCGCCCGGCGCGAGCUCGGGUACGACCCGACCACGGACCUGGCCACCGGGUUGAAAAAGUUUGUCAAGUGGUAUCAGAACUAUUAUGGAGUAUCUGGUAGCAGAAGAACGAUGUGAUCGUCCGUUUCCAGACCUCCAUGACCAGUCCUCUAUCUUCUUAUUCAGUUUUUGCAAGCUUUAGAUUGUCGUUGUUCGAAAAUGUCUUAUUCACAUCAAUACAUUCAUGACAUAAAUAGCAUCAAAUUGCAAUAAGAGCUUCCGUUCUUUCGACCAUUGUGGACCCCGGGUUGUGAACUGAUCUGAUGACCACCAUAGGAGCUCUUCUCCAUCUCGUGAACCAUUAAAAACAAGUAGAACGCUGUCUUUCAGUGAACAGGUUCAUUUUUUGAUAGGCCAGCCGGACCAUUGAUAGUUGUGAAUAUAGUUGAGAUGGGUCAACUUUCAAAAUAACCUUCGUGUACAAACUCAUUUGACUCGUUUUUUAAUUCUCUUCACUAUGUACCAUAUGUGGACAUAUUGUAAGGAGGGAGUACGAUUUGUUCUAUUUAUGUCAUUCUCUUGUGCGCGC